CCCGAGAACAUCCUGUGCGUGACGGCCACUGGCCACAUGGUCAAGAUCAUUGAUUUCGGAUUUGCCCGAAGAUACAACCCCCGAGAGAAACUAAAAGUCAACUUUGGCACCCCGGAAUUCCUGCCGCCAGAGGUGGUCAGCUACGAGCCGGUGUCCUACAGCAGUGACAUGUGGAGCAUGGGGGUGAUCACGUAUAUGCUGCUGAGCGGCCUUUCCCCUUUCCUGGGGGACAACGACACCGAAACCCUCAACAACGUCCUGGUGGCCGACUGGUACUUCGAUGAGGAAGCCUUUGAGGGCAUCUCUGACGAAGCCAAAGACUUUGUCUCCAAUUUGAUCAUUAAGCAAAAAAGCGGGCGGAUAAGCGCGGCACAGUGCCUGCAGCACCCUUGGCUGAACAACCUGGCCGACAAAGCCAAGCGGGUCAACCGGCGCCUCAAAUCUCAGGUCCUGCUCCGGAAAUACGUGAUGCGGCGCCGCUGGAAGAAAAACUUCAUUGGUGUUUGCGCUGCAAACAGAUUCAAGAAGAUCACCAGCUCCGGAUCCCUGACUGCGCUCGGGAUUUGAAUUGGGGGCUGGAACCGAGCGAGGGAUGGAACCACCAGCCAGAGGCUUGGACGGUGUUGUGUUUGGAUUGAGUAGCGGGGAGGAACAGCACCCUUCACGGAUCACAGGACAGUGGGGCCCGGAGCAUGGGACCUUGCGCAGAGAUGCUCCACCCCUCCGUACAAAGUCUGCCCAUUCCCCUGC